UCUCUCUUGAAAAUUAGAAUGGCUUCCGGUCUUCGUUCUCAAGUUGCCGUCCUCUUUUGCUCCCUCUUUCUUCUUCUUCUUCGUCGUUCACCGCAAUGCAAUGCAGGUAUUCUUAAGACUUGCAGGUUUGAUGCCAUAUAUCAGCUCGGGGAUUCAACAUCGGACACUGGAAAUCUGAUCCGAGAGGACCCUUUUUCUCCUUGCGCUACCCUUCCUUACGGUGAAACCUUAUUCAAGAAUGCAACCGGCAGAUGCUCCAAUGGCUUACUUAUCAUCGAUUUUCUUGCUUUAUCUGCUGGAAUCCCAUUCCUACAGCCCUACUUGAACAGUGAAGCACUAUUUACACGCGGCCGUGGGGUGAAUUUCGCAGUUGCCGGCUCCACCGCGUUACCUGUGGAAAUUCUAGCCGAAAAAGGAGUUGUUGCCCCAGUUACCAACAGUUCCCUUAGCAGGCAGCUUGACUGGAUGUUCACCCAUUUUAGUGGCAUAUGCCGCGACGAUGAAGAUUGUUCCGAGAAACUUAAAACGGCUCUGUUCAUUGUUGGGGAGAUCGGAGGCAAUGAUUACAGCUACGCCUUGUUUCAAGGCAAAUCCUUCGACGAAGUCAGAUCCAUGGCCCCUUCCGUUGUUCAAGCCAUAAAGGAUGCUGUAACAAGAGUCGUUGGUUACGGUGCUACUCGAGUGAUUAUUCCCGGAAGCUUCCCGAUCGGCUGUUUGCCGAUCUACCUCACGAGAUUCCGAUCCAACGCUUCUGAUGCUUACGACAAUUUUCAUUGUCUCAAGGACUUGAACGGCUUGUCAAUCCAUCACAAUGACCAUCUCAAACAAGCUAUAAAAGAAAUGAGAAAAGAAGUUCCUCAUGUGAUCAUAGUAUAUGCCGACUAUUACAAUGCAUACAUGAAGCUCCUGAACAGAGCCACGUUUCUUGGUUUUGACCCUGAUUCAACAGACAAGGCUUGUUGUGGUUGCAACUUGGAGUUGAACAAAAUGUGUGGAGCAGCAGACGUUGCACUGUGCCCAAAUCCGGACCGCUAUAUAAGUUGGGAUGGAAUUCAUUUGACACAAAAAGCUUACAAGUUUAUAACAGGUUGGUUCCUUCAUCACAUCUAUCCACACCUUCGAUGUAGCGUUUGA